GAGACCUUGGCUGCUGGGACUUUUCUUAUAUCCUCCCCAUUAUAUUUCUCUUUUGGCAUAGCUGAAGAGGGAGUCUAGUUGUCUUUCUCUGUUGGGCAGGGGAAGAGUUUAGGUCAGCUAGUGGAAUACAGUUUCACCAUGAAGAGAGACACCUUGGUCAUUUUCACGGUUAUUGGGAUCUACUGUGCUAUUUUCAACACAUCAGCUUGGUCAGUCAACAAUUUUCUGAUGACAGGACCCAAGGCAUAUUUGACAUAUUCUAGCAGUGUGGCAGCUGGUGCCCAUCUUGGGAUUGAAGAAUGCAAACACCAGUUUAUCUGGGAGCGUUGGAAUUGCCCAGAGAGUGCACUUCAGCUUUCUACUCACAAUAAACUUAGAAGUGCUACCAAGGAGACUGCCUUUGUCCAUGCCAUCAGUUCAGCUGGAGUUAUGUACACACUUACCAGGAACUGCAGCAUGGGUGACUUUGACAACUGUGGCUGUGAUAAUUCAAGAAAUGGGCACCCUGGUGGAAAAGGCUGGGUUUGGGGAGGCUGCAGUGACAAUGUGGAAUUUGGUGAGAGAAUUUCCAAACACUUUGUGGAUGCUUUGGAGACAGGACAUGAUGCCAGAGCUGUAAUGAAUUUGCACAAUAAUGAGGCGGGAAGGCUGGCGGUAAAAGCAACCAUGAAAAGGACUUGCAAGUGCCAUGGCAUAUCUGGGAGCUGCAGCAUCAAAACCUGCUGGCUCCAACUUGCAGAAUUUCGAGAGAUUGGAAUUUACCUGAAGCUCAGAUAUGGCCAGGCUCAGAAGCUGGAGAUGGACAAGAGGCGGAGAUCUGGGAACAGUGCAGACAGUCGGGGGGCCACAGGAGAGACCUUGAACUCCAUGCUGUCCAGUGAUCUGGUCUUCCUGGAAGAGUCUCCUAACUAUUGCAUCGAAAAUGACAGCUUGGGUCUUCAUGGCACUGAGGGACGGGAGUGUGUGCAGAGUGGCAAGUCCCUGUCCCAGUGGGAGAAGAGGAGUUGCAGGAGGCUCUGCAUGGAGUGUGGUCUGACAGUGGAGGAAAAAAAGACAGACAUUGUCACCAACUGCAACUGCAAGUUCCACUGGUGUUGCACAGUGAAAUGUGAACAAUGCAAACAAGUAGUCACCAAGUAUUUUUGCUCCAAGCGAGUGACCUCCUCUUCUAACCACAUCCGGAGGCGGAACAAAGGACCCAGAGGAUAAAUCAACAACUCACUAGUCCUUAACCAUGCCUGUCUUGCAGCAGACUGAUCGAAAGAGUCUUUUUGUUUUUUAAUGGUUUCUUUACUUUUGACCACCAAAUCUCAGUAUAUAAAGGCAGAGUAUUCAGAAAAGCUGAAUCAUGCUUAUGCAAAUGUCCAUUUCUCCAUCAUUCUGAUUCAAAUUAGAACUCAUUCUGCAUAUUUGCCCUUCCUCAAUUUCUCUAAAACUAUAAACUUCACACCCCUUCUGUUCCAGAUACCUCCCCUGCCCGCCAGCUUCCACAUAAUUUAAAUAUCUUGUUUUACAAGAUAUCCAGCUAUUAUGGGGAUCUGCCAUUCAGGCUGGAACCUGGUAAAUGUGGGGAGUGUAAAUUUUCUCAGGUGCUUUAGAGACUGACUGUUGGGAACAGUGGUCACGUAUCCCAUCCGAAUUAUAUACUGUGGUCUCUAAGUGUAGAUUGCACACUUUAUUUCAAAGGCCUGUGUCCGAUACAGUUACAGUACAGUUCCCGCCCCCCCGCCCCAAGGAGUCACUUUAUUUUUAAAAACUUUUUGGUUGAAGACACUUUCCUUCUUGAUAGUAUCAGAUACAGGCCAGAUUUCAGUAGUGUUGUUGAAUUCAUGCAACUAACGUUACCUUAUUGCACAGGGCAGGUUCUCAAAAUCCCUGUCCCUUAAAUGUAAGCUGCUGCAACCCUUCCUGAGUCACAUGUGGAAUUGUUAAUGUGAUCUAAUUUGAUUGAGCUGCAGCUAUUAUCAUGACUGGGGAGGAAAUAUUGCCUAUCAUCCCAUGUACCGCGUGGUUCAUAUCCUGUGAUUGUAUGCCAUAGCUGCCAUGUGAAGGGAAAUCUGAAAGUGAACUGUUUUGCAGUGACUUGUGUAGUCACCAGUAGUGAGAUUGCUAUAGAAUUAAGUAAGACUAGAACAAUGUGGACUCCCAUAGCCAUUGUGCUUUUUGUGCUGGUGUUGUGUUUUGACUCAAUUUUCUUUUUUCUGCCAUUUGUGAAGAGUGAUGAUCAUGGAGUCCAUUUUGCCCCUUCAGAAAAUUCCAUUCUCUGAGGAUUCCACCACUCAGUAACCGAAUUAAUCUCCAAUAUUUCUCCAUAAUGGGAAAAUAUUGGCUGUCUGAAUCCUCAGUAAACCUGCUUUUAUUCUGGAGUACAUCCUGUGAAAUUAUUAGACAUUCUGAGAAUCGGAAUUUGAAUAACUUAGUUCUGUGCGAAGUGUAAGAAAGGGCAAGAUAGAGCCCUUCAUAGUGCUGCAUGUCUAUGAAUUGUACAUGUGUACAUAUAUAUUUUGAUGUUAAACACAUGCACUUUUUGAUGUAAAUAAUUUAGAGUCAAGGUUGUAGUUCUUUCUGAGGUUGCCAACCUAUGUCUGUGCUGUAUCAUUUCAGAUUGAAUGGCCCUCCUCACAAAACUACCCCUCCACAUAAAAACCAGAUGUCAGAAAGAAGGGUUCCAGCUUAGCAGGCCCCCAACAUAAUAAUAAAUAAUAAUAAUACUUAACAUGCUAGAUUCACAGUAGAUAAUUGGUGGUGGUUGUUAUGAAGGAGCAUUCAGUCAUGUGAACCCUCUUGCUCCCUGUAGAUGCAAGGAUCAAUCCAGUUACAGGUUUACCUUUACUCCGUGAGAACUAGAUGAUAGUUUUCCAUAACAGUGCUAUGUCCCCCCCCCCCCAAGGGUGGAUUUGUGGGCCAUAUUUAUAUGCUCUUUAAAAAUACAAUGCAUUUUUAAAUAUACUCUUCACAAGGGCAUUGGCAGGAGAUUAUCAAGCAACAUUAGUUCUCUGUAUUGAGAUGGAGUCUUGUGCUUUGUAGAGAGUAAUCUAAAAGCAUAGUAAAAUAAAGAGCUAAGAUUCCUGGGUUCUUUUGUCACUGAUCAAUUUGAAGUGAUUAUUAUAAAGCAAGCAAUGCUGAGGCUUAUUUUGGCUACAUUUUGCAAUAAAUGCUUUUUAAUACAACAAAUGUUUAAAAGUA